AUGGGUUCUGUAGGAGAACAUGGUGAGGAGGGUCGGCAAAGAAGUUACUGGAGAUGGAGCAAGCAAGAUUUCCUACCAGAAGAAUCCUUUCAAAGCUGGGAUAACUACCUUCAUGCAUUGUCCCAGACACGUUUUCGGUUCAAGGACCGUCUCAUAAGCAGGUCAGAUGACGCCAAUGAGAUUGAUGUGCUUCGGAAACAAAGUGAGAAUGACAUGAAACGUUGCCUAACCUGGUGGGAUCUCACCUGGUUUGGAUUUGGUGCAGUUAUUGGAGCUGGUAUCUUUGUGCUCACUGGCCAGGAAGCUCAUAAGGAUGCUGGACCAGCCAUUAUUUUAUCCUACGUUGCUUCUGGUGUUUCUGCGAUGCUCUCUGUCUUCUGCUAUACAGAAUUUGCAAUAGAGAUCCCAGUAGCAGGUGGAUCAUUUGCUUACUUAAGAAUUGAAUUAGGAGACUUUGCAGCGUUCAUCACAGCUGGAAACAUACUUCUUGAAAGCAUUGUAGGAAGUGCAGCAGUUGCAAGAUCAUGGACUUCUUAUUUCACAACUCUGUUGAACCGUAAAACCAACUCAUUAAGGAUCCACACUAAUCUCACUGAUGGAUACAAUCUCCUGGACCCAAUAGCUGUUGUUGUCCUGGCAGUCGCGGCAACAAUUGCAAUGAUUAGUGCAAGGAAAACUUCACAACUAAAUUGGAUAGCAUCUGCAGUUAAUACCAUAGUAAUUUUAUUUGUGAUUAUUGCAGGGUUUGCUCAUUCCGACACUUCUAAUAUGACACCCUUUCUCCCUUUUGGGGCUGCGGGUGUCUUCAGGGCAGCUGCAAUUGUUUACUUUGCUUAUGGAGGAUUUGACAAUAUUGCCACCAUGGCAGAAGAAACAAAAAACCCAUCAAGAGAUAUACCAAUUGGACUGCUUGGAUCAAUGUCAAUCAUCACAGUGAUAUAUUGCUUAAUGGCACUUUCACUAACCAUGAUGCAGAAAUACACAGAAAUAGAUCCAGAUGCAGCUUAUCCAAUUGCAUUUCAGAGUGUGGGGAUGAAAUGGGCAAAAUACCUGGUCGCUCUUGGUGCCCUUAAGGGGAUGACAACUGUUCUUCUGGUAGGGGCACUCGGUCAGGCACGGUAUACUACUCACAUUGCACGAGCCCACAUGAUCCCACCAUGGUUUGCACUUGUUCAUCCAAAGACUGGAACACCAAUAAAUGCCACACUUCUUAUUGCCAUUGCAAGUGCUGUCCUUGCGUUCUUUUCAAGCUUGGAUAUCCUGUCAUCCUUGUUAUCUGUAAGCACACUCUUUGUCUUCAUGAUGAUGGCUGUUGCACUUCUCGUGAGGAGAUACUAUGUGCGAGAAAUCACACCAAGAAUGCACCUCUUGAAGCUUGUUAUCUUUCUACUGAUUAUUAUUGCUUCCUCAAUGGGGAUCUCAGCCUACUGGGGAUUAAAGCCAGAUGGUUGGGUUGGAUAUGUCAUCACACUUCCUCUUUGGUUCCUGGCGACUUUGGCGAUACAACUGUUUCUGCCUCAGCAGAGAACACCAAAAGUAUGGGGAGUUCCACUGGUUCCAUGGCUUCCAUCGCUGUCAAUUGCAACAAAUAUCUUUCUUAUGGGAUCUUUGGGACAGGAUGCUUUUAUAAGAUUUGGAACCUGUACACUUGUAAUGCUGGUUUACUAUUUUCUCUUUGGUCUCCAUGCAACUUAUGAUAUGGCUCAGGAGCAGAAGAAGGCAGAACCCCUGAAGAAUAUAAAAGAUGAGAACACAAUGGGGAGAGCAGGGCCUUGA